GCUUUUUCGCUGUAAGGCGUCGUAAUCGGUUCAGCGCAUAAGUUUCUUUUCGUGUGCUUUCGAUCGUAUUUCUUGUUUUCUACCUCCAUUAAGACGCCAUUCUGUGAAGCGACCAUCUAGCGGAAUCGGUCGGCUGCUUUUCAUCUUCUUUGUGCCUCACCGGCGGUCAAGACCGGAGCGCACCCGCCCUGGGGUAUCUGCACUGCUCUUCAGUCUCGACUUAUUAGGAGUAUUAUCACUAAAACGUCUUGAACGACGAGCACACCUGGGUUUAAAACCCCCAACGAAAUAUUUUUAUUUUAUCCGGAUUUGAGUUGGCUCUCAAUUUGUGUUGUCGCUGCUCAUCUGCCUCUGCAGCCACGAUUCGUAGACCGGGAGCGGCUCCUUCUUUUUUUUAGAAGCAUUUUUUACUCUUCUCCAACAAAGUCAGGUGGAGAGAGAACGGCUCUUCACAUCUCUCUCCUGCACCGCACUCCUUCUCUCUUCAGUGCUUCGGCGUGCGUUCUUACGAAAGAUCUGUGCAAGGUAACGCCACCUCCCCAUCAACACAUUUUGCACUCUCCUGCCCAUCAUGGGAGACGAGCUCUCUGCCGGUACGAUUGUCGGCAUCGGUUUUGGCUGCAUCGGCCUCGUGCUGCUGGUGGCCGGAGGCGUGUUUCUGAAGACGGUCCUCGACCACCGCCGACGUGUCCGUCGUGCCGUCAACGCUGCGGCGGCGACGGCAGCGCAGGCCUCACGCUCUCGCUACCCAGACGCUAUCCCGUGCGACAACUACGGUGACCUUUUCCCCAAUGACGAGCCCGUCUCCGGCAACGUUAUCUUCCGCAGUCGGGCCGAAAUGGACCGCGUGCGCGAGGUGCUGGUGCGCGUCGAGGACGCCGGCGACGACCGCAGCAGCGUGGACUUCAGCACCACGGAGAUGGUGUCCAUGAACGGCAGCUUUGUCAACGGACACCCCUCCGGACAGGGGAGGCCCGUGCCGCAUGGGAAGACAAAAGUCGGUCCAGUGCUGGUGCCAUCAAAGAUGGGGUCGUUCGACAAUGAGCACAACGUGUCGAUGAGCUUCGUCAGCGCGUACCCGACCCCCGCACCGAGCAUGCCAGCGUACGGCACACACUUGCGGCGGGGGACGUCUGCCUCCUCGUCGUUUAGCCCCGGGAUGAGCGGCAGCCACAUGAUGAGCGUUGACGUCCCUCCACUGGCCGCACGGGACGGGGCUCCCCCUGCGACGACGGCGACUUCUGCUCACUUUCAAGAUCGAAGUCGCGGUGGCCUGCGACUGCUUGUCCCAGCACAGGAGCGGACUCACUUUAGCGAUGGACACACGCGGCCGGGGGAGCAACUUCUCACAGAAGACGACACCGCGAGAAAGAAUAGCAAGUCGCCGCUGCCGGAGGAGCACUACGGUGCGCUUCGAAACGGUCCAGAGGGCCCCUUGAUCGCGGCGCAGUCCUACAGCCCACCGCGGCAGCCACCUUCACCGACGCCGCACCGUGAGUCCGCGAGUUUCGUCGAUCACAGUUCUUCUUUCCAAGCUCUCUCCGAUGCGAAUACGGCUUCCUUCACCCACCACCUCGCCCCGUCCUUCACAGGUCAAGACGGCACGCAGGACGGACGACGCGCCUCCGCACUGUUGCGACCGCCGGCGCUGCCACGGAUACUUGUGAUGGAGCCGGCAAACAGCAUGCCAAUCGUCACAGGGAGUCGCAGCGCCGCAGCGGUGCUGUCGGGUGUGCGCGGAGCCGCCCGCCACGAUCCUCUUCACGUGCACCACGCUGGCGCUCCCCGUGUCAAGCAGCACAAACUGCGCAUUCACCGGCAGCACCGCGUGCGUCAGGUGGACAAGGGCGGCUACGUCGUGCUCGAGGAGACGGAGAGCAGCGAGGACGAAAACCCCAACGAAACGGAGGCGUCGCCUACCGAGGAAGCGCCACCAGAAGCGGGUGACGGCGGUCCACAACAGUCACGGCCAUCCGCACCCAACCCGGCUCCUGCAAGUACCCCGGCAGCUGCACCGUCGAAGGAAAAGAAGAAGCGGUACUACUUCGAAAAGCUCUCCUCUCUCGAUGUGUACGGCAGCGCUCGGUAUCUCCCUGGCUCGACCGGCGGAUACCCACCGAUGGGGUUGGAGGGUGCCAGCAGCAGUGGCAGCGACGGAGAGCAAAAGCUGGUGUCCGCUGGGCAGAUGCUGUCGGCCACCAUGAAGCACACGGAAGCCCCAACGUACACCGUCAACGUUAGUGGCAGGCGGACGUAA